GGCGCUUACAGCACCAAAAAAUAGUUCCGUCACACUAAUGUAUAAAAGUUGGCCUCGGAAGAGGUAAUAAACUAUCCGCUAAAGGACUGCGAUUUCUUGUUGAAACAUGUCUGACGUAAAGAUAAAUGUUGAGUAUUGCGGUUCUUGCGGGCAUAGAAAGCAAUUUUUGGAGAUGGCAGAUGCAAUUCGCAAGGAUGUUCCCACCGCGGAAGUGUCCGGAAGCGAAGGAAGACAAGCUUCGUUCGAAGUCCAGGUGAACGGUGAGCUGGUAUACUCCAAACUUCAGACCAUGGCUUUUCCCGACUAUGAGGCCGUCGCUGAUCUCGCGAAAGAAGUUUCCCAGGGUCAACCAGCACGGAAAAUCAAAAAGGAGCAGCCCAUAGACUGUGUCAUAUCUUAAAAUAGCAACAUAAGCGAAAGCGAGAGAGAUAGAGAGAGAAUGAGAGAGAGAGAGAGAGAGAGAGACCGAGAGUCUUAUUACUUACAAGUCCUUAUUGUUAUUUAUUUAUAUAAAAACCUUAGAAUAUUAUUACUGUAUAAAGUU